AAGGUUAUUAUAGCAUUUUUUAGAGGGAUUUAACACCCCAAACAAUUUUGCAAUUUACAAUAAACAUUUCAAGUAAUUAGUCUGCCUAUACAAAUCACAAGUUUCCAUUUGUGUACUGAAAAAAGACAUGGUUCUUCAAUUGGUGUAGUAAUAGUUCCUAUUGCCAUCUUCUUCAGGUGCAAAAUGGGGUAGAAACGCAUGGAACAUGAAUGCAGAUCCCAAAAGCCUGCAAAUCAAAAAAACAUCUCAUACAAAUUCAAUGUAAAAUAUCACAAAGCCUAUUGUGCUAUAUUUGACUCCAUUCCAAUUGAUAUCCUAAAGAUAGGAGGUGAUGGACAGCACUUAAUCUAUGAGUCCUCAAUCUGCAAGCCAAACCAGUAACAAUUUGGCUGCUAAAAUAGAUAAACUCAGUGUUGCUACCAAGAAAAAAAGAAGUUUUGAUUGCCUCAGUUAAAUCCAGAAAAUUCAUAUGGAUGUAGUUUCCCAGGGAGGUUCGCCCUGCAUAGCAGGAACCCAGAUCCAAAACAUCUCAGGUUAAUGGAUUAAAUCCUCACUAGCAAUCACUGGAAAGAAAGAUUGUGUAAAUAAAUAGUUCAAAGGUGAAAUAUUAAGAUAAUAAUUUGCCUCAGUUAAAUCCAGAAAUAUCAUAUGGAAUAUGACUUCACACAGGAGGUUCAUCCUGGCAAGCAGGAACCUGGCUCCACCACACCUCAUUUAUAUGGAUUUGAUCAUCAAUGGCAAAAGUUUCAUAAGCAUGUGAGGAUGGCUACGAAUAUCACAAAGAGAUUUUGUGCUAUGAUUUAACUCCAAGCUCAUUUUUUUGCAGAGAAGAAGCUGAUAGACACAUGGCUUUCUGGGUUUUUCAGACCCUACGUCCAUAAAAGCAGAGGAAGAGUAUAGUUAAAACUCAAAGGAAAUUUCAAACAAAAAAUGGCAAAAAUAUAGGGGGAAAAAGAGAUCUUAGGAGGCUCAGAGAACAAAAACAGCUCUUUCAAUCAAUGAUGUUCAGAAGCAGAACUGGCGUUUAAGGCUGAAUUGUUAUCAUCACAGCAGUAGAUCAACUUACACAAGCAAGAAAUCUGAAAAACAAUUUAUGGCUCAUAUUAAGAAAUUCAACCAUUGUUAUUUUUCUGCUUCAUUGCCAAAGCUCGGAAGCGCGGAUAAAACACUAAUCAUCGCCAAAUUCUUCAAAAAACGAACCAGAGAUUCAAAACCGCAAGAAGAAAUUCAAACAGAUGAUUAGAAUCGAAAGAAAAUUGUAGUGUCGCCGUUGAUUUGACACAGAAAAGCCACGGGAAAAGAUGUACAAGGGCUAAACUGCAACACUAACGGCUGGUUUGAUUUCGCACGUGCAUUGGGGCUGCUUCUUCUUCACGAAGAACUCAGACGAGCCUGGGAGAGCGACGUGCGAAGAUGACGAAUCUAGGCCAAUCUAAAAGUAAUCGUCAUCGAGAUUAAAACAGAAAAAACCAAUUUCAUCAUUGCACGCAUAUUCCACACAGAUCUAAUUUCUCUCUAACGACACAAAUAAGUAAAAAAAAUCAAAGUCUCAGAACAUUAUAAUCUUUUCAUUGAUUUCAAAUACUAUCCAGCAAUAAUGAAAUUCAUCACUGACUUCUGAAACAAAUUUAUAAAAAAAACAAAAACAAAUCUUUGAUUCACUAAGUUAAAGAGAAAAAAUCGAGGUGGCGUUUACAGAGCUUCUGGCGACAGAGACAAUCACUUACGACGCCGUAUCGCCGUGUUCCGAUCGGGCUGCGAUCAAACGAUUCGAGAGAUUGCAGGAUACUGGCCUUCAUCGCUGAGCGUGUAGUAUGUUUUAUUUGCUACACGCAGCAGAAGGAAACUACAGGUAUAGGAUCAAUGUGUUGGUUAUGGACCCUACCGACUACACCACCAUAACACUUUGGGAUAGAGAAUGCACCGACUUGCUAGGAAGGUCGACAAGUGGAAUGAGAGACCUCAUGGCUGAGCGUACGGGAAACGCAGAUUCCUUCCCAUUUCCAGAAAUUGAGAGUUUGAUCCAGAGAAAGGGUCUUUUCCGAGUAAGUGUAAAACCAAAGUCAGAAGAUUUUUUUCUUGAGGCUAAGUCAUUUGGUGUUACGGAAAUGAUUUCUGACCCCAAUAUAUGGAAGUUGUACGAUACCCAUGAUGGGGAGGACAUGAAAUUAGGCUUUUGGGACGAAGAAGAAGUUAUUGUUGAAGAUGAAGAGGUCAAAAUUCCCGAUGAGAUACCCUCGGCGAGCAGCUGUCUUGGUGGAAAACGCAAGCAUGAGAUUAAUAAGGAAGCCGAUGACCCUACUAAGAGGGAUCUAGAUGAGGAAUUUGGCGCCACAAAAGAGCUCCUUAAAAUGAAGGCCAUUAAAACUGAGAAAUAGAGAAUGGGUCAAAUUUUAUCAAUUUGAACAUGCUUUAAUUUAUAUUCGCGUAAUCUUCCUAGCUGUUGUUUUGUUUGAGACUCAUAUGUUUUUCAGACUUUUGAAUGUUUUUGUUUUUUCAAUUAAAUGGUGUUGUGUGGU